AUGGCUCGUCGGUCUCAAAGCUCCUCGCAGGGGGAUAACCCCCUCGACCCUAACUACCUGCCGCCGCACUACAAGGAGUAUUACCGCUUGGCUCUGGACGUGCUGACUGAAGAGGGCAAGGAAAGCUACCAACGCUUCCUGGCAGAGGAGGCAGCCCCUGAUUUUCUUUGCAGCUCAGAGGUGGAUCACAUCAUACAAAACCUCCAGAAACCCCAAUAUGCCAACCAGGAAAGUAACACAGACACCCCAGGUGACAAUGACAUGGAUGGAUCCUCUGGGACAUACUGGCCUAUGAACUCAGACCUUGCUGUUCCUGAGCUUGACCUGGGCUGGCCAAUGGUCUUUGGAUUCAGAGGGACGGAAGUCACAACCCUUGUGCAACCACCGCCCCCAGACAACCCAAGCAUUAAGGAGGAGGCUCGCAGAAUGAUCCGAGCAGCGCAGCAGGUGGUAGCCAUAGUGAUGGACAUCUUCACUGACGUGGAUUUGCUGUUCGAGGUGUUGGAUGCUGCUGCUCGCAGAGUCCCUGUGUACAUCCUGCUGGAUGAAAUGAACUCUCAGCUUUUCCUUGAUACAGCUGCUAAAUGCAGAGUCAAUCUGAACUACGUGGAGUUCCUAAGGGUGAGGACAGUUUCUGGCCCAACGUACUACUGUCGCACAGGGAUGUCCUUCAAAGGCCACGUGAAGGAGAAGUUCCUCUUGGUGGACUGCAUGGUGGUGCUGAGUGGCAACUACAGUUUUAUGUGGUCUUUUGAGAAGAUUCACAGAAGCAUUGCACACAUCUUCCAGGGGGAACUGGUGUCCAGCUUUGAUGAAGAAUUCCGAAUUUUGUUUGCACAGUCGGAACCUCUUGUUCCUCCAGCCAAUGUCUUGGCAAAGGCAGAGAACGCAUUUGCCAUGGCUCCCUUUGGCAAUAACAUGCCUUUCUUUCCAAAGAAGUCACCCCUCAUGUUCCAGAGAGAGGACAAUCUUUUCCCCUCCUUUAUGGACAGAGUUGAUCCAGACAGGUACUUCCUGUCCAAUUUCAGGCGGGACGACAUGCUGCGUCAUACUGUGGAGGGGUCGGCCAUGCGAAUGUAUAAAAAGGUAGAAAUGGAGAAUUCCCAGCUGGAUCCUGUCAGGGGCUUUCUCCGCUCCAAGCAGCUAGAGAUGGAUGCUUUUAAGAGACACAGUUUUGCAGAAGGAACAUUUGAAAAUUUUGCUUCUUCCAAACAGUAUGCCAGACAGAUGUUCAUGAACAACAUGGACGAAUUUAAAAUCCAGUCCAGUCACUUUCAGAAGGACCAGUUCUAUCAGUACCAGUUUGAACAUCCCCAUGGCAGGCCUCAUGGACUGUUCGAUAGAAUACGAGGGGGCAGGCCGGGCUUCAAUGAACUGGAAGACUAUGGAGAGGGACCAAGAUACCCUGAACUGGAACCCAAUUUUCCACAGGAGGGUUUUCCCUUGAGACUAGAUUAUGUGCCUUCAAAUUCUUCCAGGGAAGUAAGACAUGGAUCUGAUCAGCUGAACCCUGCAGGCAAUGGACCCAUGGGAAUGAUGCUAAGGCGGCAAAAUAUAGGACAGAAAUUCAUUUGCCAGACAUCUCCUACGCAGAAGCAAAGCCUGGAACAACGCCUGUUUUUACAAGAGAAAGAUGAGGACCCAGAUCAAGACAAGAGUACCCAGGAACAUAGAACAGGGUUACGUGACUGGAGGAUUUCUUCAUACCUUAGUGCCUACCAGUCUGAACCAGAAGAAGGUCUCCCAAUGCCCAUGGAAUCGGAGGCAUACAGUGAUGUUCUUGGGGACACCCUCACAAAGCACUCAAGUGACCUCAUUCCCAUGUUCAAAUCCCCUAUAUCAUUCAAUAACAAGUCACUAGGAACUGAAAGUGCUAAAGAAUUUGCUGAUCCUGAUAGAGUAGGUGAAGAAACAUCUAUAAUGAAACAAGAUGCCUUUAGGUCCAGAAUAAAUCCCUUGAUCCAGAGGAGCUCAAGACUCAGGUCCUCUCUGAUUUUUAGUGCUGCCAAAUUAGAUCAGCCAAACGCAAUAGAAAAGGUGCAUAUGAUCCAAAAGGAGCAGAUGUCCAGUGAGCUGACAAAAGACAAUGAAACUAUAAAGACAGCUGCCUCAUCUAAAGUGGCAGAACUCUUAGAGAAGUACAAAGCUGUGGGCAAAGACACAGAGCGAACAACAGUCAGUCACACCAAAGCUAUUUCCAGUUUCCUCCAGGAAGAGUCACAGAACACAGAGAAGAAAUGUACCAAAUCUGUGCAGUACAAGAUCCUGGAGAGUCGGGUAUUAGACUCCAAAGACUCCUGCAGUACUUACAAAAUGCAUGGCGAGGUUGACAGGGCAUUUGGAAUGGCUUCUGUAAGCCCCCAGCUUACUGACACAUUGAGUAAAGACCCCCUAGCACAUUUGAGCACCAAGGUGGACAAAUUAACAUCUCGGUUUUAUCCUAUAGAGAAUAAACCUGCUCUUCCAGAGAAGGAGAGUCUUAUAUUUGUAGGGGACACUCAAAAACUAAACCUUCCAGAGAAGAAGGAAAGAGUAACAUUCAAAGACGACUCUCAAAAAUCAGCUAAUGCAGAACUCAAGAAACCACAGAUUAGAACAAGCACCACAUCAGUUCUUGAAAAUUUAUCUAAGAGUCAAGGAUCCGACAGCUCUCUCAAUAAGUCUGAGGAAGAAUGUUCAAAACAGGAACAGAAUCCAAUGGAAUUUUUAAGAAAAGGGUCGUUGCGACUGAAGCAGCUAUUGAACCCAAAGCUUGAAAAGAAAUUGGAGGAGGAACCCACUUCUGAGAGUGGAAAAUCUGACAAACAGCCUGUGGCUCUUAAACGAUCUUCCAUAGGGGACUGUCAGGAAAUAAUGGAGGAAGAAAAAAAUCAAAGAUUUGCAACACCGCUUCCUCCCAAAAGCAGCCAGCCGACUCAGGGGAGAUUUCCCUCAUCCACAGCUAAUAUCCUGUACAGCAGCAAUCUCCGUGAUGAUACCAAAGUAAUUCUAGAACAAAUUUCUGCAAACAGUCAGAAAAACAGAGCUGAACUGGCCAAGCAACUGCCAUCCACUAGCAAUCCUGAUCUUUCUAAGUCAACUACAAGCUUGGAAAGGAAAGGUGAGAAGGAGAAAAGCUGUAACAUCCACAGAUCAGAAAGUUUUGGGAGCCAGAAACGAAAUCUUCAGCGGCAACCAUCAGAGGAUCGAGAUACUCUUCUGAAAAAAAUGGAAAAUAUGCGGAAGGAAAAGCGAGUCUACAGCAGAUUUGAGGUCUUCUGCAAAAAAGAUGAUCAUACGAGUCAAAGUGAAGAGGAAUAUGACACAGAUGCCAAAGACAAGAAGAUGGGAAAAUUCAUGCCCAAAAUCUUGGGGACCUUCAAGACCAAAAAAUGAUCACAGAAUACUAUUUAAUUCCAUAUCAUCACUGACUGUCAAAAGAGAAUGAGGAGGAAACAUGUUUAUGAUGGAUGCAAGCACCAUAGGCGAUACACUUCUGUGUUACUGAGUGGAAAUAUAUUCAUCAUUAGC